AUGUUACUAAAUAAAAAAUUGGAAAUUUUAUAAAAGUAAAAAAAGUUUAUCCGUCUGAAAUUGCCUAAUCGUUUUUGUCUUAUUUAUUAAUGUACAUUAGCAGCUAGAGAGGCUUUGAUUAAUUUCUUGGCAACACUGAAUACUACGCAAAAGACAGACAUCUGCAAUGAAUUUAACCUGAAAACUUCAGGUAAACAGAAAAAAUAAGAAACGUCAAUCGUCAAACAACAAAAGUCCAACAAUUAUCAGAAAGAUGAUAAUAUUUAUGAAGCAUUAAUUUAUCGUACAAAUAAUCAUUUCCGAAAUAUUUUUGUACAAAGAAAUCAAAGAAAUAGUGCAAUUAUCAAGAAUGAUGAGUCAUGCAAGCAAAAACUAAAAUGUUAUAAAAACGCAACUUCUUAAAUCAACAAUAUUUUUCUCAGAAAGAUUUACAAAUCGUAUUGCGCUAAAAGUAUGUGCCUUAAUUUUAGUAUUACUACAGUUUAGACUAAGCAAGAACAUGGAUGAACGUAGAGUUGCUGACUAUUUCGUUGUCGCUGGAUUGCCUGAUGAUCCCGAGCCACUUGAUGAAACAACCUUGUCCGAAGGGGGCAAUCUAAAGGCCAGCCAUGGCCAGCCGCCCAUUACUGAUAUAAGUGUGAUUUUUCCUAGUUUAAAUGAAGUGAAGCCAGACGAUUAUGAAGUUAUUACCAAAACACCGACUGGUUUGAAUGCAGAUCUUAACCACGGCAGUUUAAGGACUACAGAAUGUUAUCUGUGUAUCCGAAGGGGAAGGGACAAGCCACCCUUAGUAGAUAUAGGUGUUAUGUAUGAAGGCAAAGAAUACCUUAUGGCAGAUGCCGAAGUGGUAAAAGAAAGCGUGGGAGGCAACGUAGCUAACGUAAAUAACUCGACAUCUCAAACAUUUAUAACGUACCGAAGGGGUGUACCUACAAUGCCAUGCAAUGCCCUUGUCGUCACAGACAUCUGCGUUGUCAUUGCAAGCAAAGGAGAAUCUCCUCCCCACGCUUUCUGCUGUAUAAACAAGAACCUCAACAAAGGGAUCGUCGGCAGCGACGUCUUUCUGUGUUACAAGAAAUCGAUGAAUAGGGCUAAGUUGUUGACUUACAAACCUGCUGUUCUGUCGAGGUAUCCCAUGGUGGAUUUACCGAACUUUCCUUUUCCGAACUCUGUGCCUUUAUUCUGUCUACCGAUGGGUGCAACUUUAGAACUCUGGCCGGUGGAGGCUACCCAACCAAAACCAGUAUUCAGUACUUUCGUUCUCACAGUUUCCGAUGCAAAACACAAAGUGUAUGGUUCCGCUGUGACAUUCUAUGAGAAAUUCUCUGCAGAUUAUUUAACCGAGGAACAAAAAGGAUUGUUGGAAUACUCGGAUGAUUCAAAGUUUGCCUUGAAUGUUAAUAAAAGCAUAUGCAUAUUAUCGCACUGGCCGUUUUCAGAGGAUUUUGAAAUGUGGUUGAGAUGGUUACAUGCGAUUGUGGCAAGUGGAGAACCCCAAACCAUCCCCAUCGAAAGAUACAUCACCCAACUACUAGACGAGGUGCCAUUUCCUUCCCCCAGGAUCCUUCUUCAACUCUCCAGCGACACCCACGACAGAGUCAUCCUGACGCAACCCGAGGACCUGCCCCUUCCGAGGAGCGCGGCCAGUUUCAAGCAGCUGCUGCUCAAUCUGGGUUCCGAAAACUGCCUGCAGGUGUUACUGCUGAUCCUGACAGAACAGAAAAUACUUAUACAUUCUCUGAGACCUGACACUUUGACAUCGGUAGCAGAGGCGGUUUGUACGAUGCUCUUUCCGUUCAAGUGGCAGUGCCCUUAUAUCCCGCUCUGUCCUCUCGGUCUCGUAGAGGUGUUACAUGCCCCCUUACCUUUUUUAAUCGGUGUUGAUUCGAGGUUUUUCGACCUGUACGAUCCCCCUGCUGACGUCAGUUGCAUCGACUUGGACACCAAUAUAAUAACAGUAGCGGAAACUCAACGACAGUCCCUUAAUGUUAAACUACUACCGAAACGUGCAGCGAAAACAUUAAAAUCCACAUUGGAUUACUUAUAUUAUCAGUUAAGGAAUAAUCCUGUUAAUACUCCCGAAAUUGUGGACCAGGACAACAUAGAAAUUGAGUUCCAGAGGAGAAAAAAGGAACUGGCCCAGGAACUAGAGAUUCAAGAAGCAUUCCUCAAAUUCAUGAUUCUGACUUUGAAAGGGUACAGGUCAUACCUCCUGCCCAUCACCAAAGCACCCACGGUGGGCACUACCGAUCCCCAAGCACUUUUCCAACUAGGGGAUUUCCUCAAGAGCAGGGAUAAGGCCCACACCAAGUUCUUCACCAUGAUGAUGCGGACCCAGAUGUUUAUUAGGUUUAUAGAGGAGAGGAGUUUCGUGGCGGAUGGGGACCAAGGCUUAGCGUUCUUCGACGAGUGUAUCGAGAAGAUAGGCAACGACGAAGCUCCAACCCACCGACUGAUAGAGUUAGACUCGGUACAUAAGAGUGAUAGGACUGUGUUCGUUUUGCCGCCUGAACCGUCCCCUCAAGGGGAGACAUAUGAGUAUACUCAUUUUAGUUUGAACCCUGCGUCGCUAGCGAGUUCCAGUAAGAGAAGAAAUCAUUUAUCGUCUUUAUACCCGACGGUGAUGCCUGGCUCUCCCAUGGCCAGAAGAACCAAACACGAAAUAAAAUCUGCUCAAAAACUGGCCCGCAAGUGUCUUCGUUCCCCCGAGCUGUGGGCGAGAUGUCUGAGCGGCACAUGCCACACCCUGUACUUCAUGAUCCUGCCCAGCAUGCUGUCGCUGAACGUCGGCAAGGAGAAAGCCAUCUUGCAGCAAGCCUACGAGUUGCUGGUCCGAGCCAUGCACCAGAGACUGGCCUGUGAUGAAGUUUGCUAUCGGCUGAUGAUGCAGCUCUGCGGCGAGCAUUCUAGGCCGUUGUUGGCUGUCAAGUUACUCGUGCUAAUGAAGAAGUAUGGUAUUCAGCCCAACGCUCUUACAUAUGGAUUAUAUAAUCGUUGUGUUUUGGAAGCUGAGUGGCCAGCUUAUUCAGGUUCAAGCCAGUUGCUUUGGAACAAACUGAGAAAUGUUGUCAUAGGUGCCGCUCAUUUUAGAUUUGCCGCAAAACGCAAAGCGGUUAGAAGAAUGUCUGCUUCUACAGAAGGAGGUUCAAGUUUGUUGGACCAUACAGACAGAGCGGCCUCUCGCUCUUCGCUCGAUUCACACGAGGCCAUCAAAGAAGACAACAGCCUCCUGGACAAGUUCCGCAAGGUGGCAAGUAUCGUGAAAGGAAGCCUGAAUAAUCUAGAACAAUCGGUGCCUGAUACAGGAGUUAACCAUGAAAAUGAGAUCAAUAGCGAGGAAAAAUGUAGCGAAAAAGAGGAAGAGAAGUUAGCGAAUAAUUAUAUAUCCCCUGACAGCCCCUCAGAGAGUAGGCUGCUCUCUAGAUCGGAAAGUGCAGGGGAUGCGAAUAUUAUUGAUAAGUUGCAGAAUAACACCAAGAAGGCUUGUUCGAGGGCGUUGCAGUUCAACGGUAACGAAGGGAAAUUUGUCGAAAGUGGAAAGAAUUCCCCAGCGAAAGCAUCGCCUAGAGAAAUAGUCACAGAAAAUGACCCCCUAGGGGCCUUUGAGCAGCCUCCUCCAGAAACGGUCGUAGCGCCACCACCGGUACACGUUUACUCUUCCCCAACAACAAACUCAGCAAUCAUGGACGAACCGAUACUAUUCAGGUCGUCCGUGCACCGUUCUGCCACUUUCGAGGGCAGUCCUCCUGCUCAGAGCAAGAUCCAUCGAUCGGAGACCGUGCCCGCGGCUACAGUAGCUUCUAGCCUGGCCAGUCUCAGUUCCAGCUUCAAGAUCGGUUUCAGCCGCUAUACACCGUCACGCCUCUCCCUCCGUAAAGCCGACCUCAAGGUCCCCCAGCAGUUCAUUGAGAACGCCCUCACCAACUUCAGUCCAAGUAGCUUAACUAGUAAAAAAUCCAACGAACUAAUACAAGGUGGUCUCAGCUCGAUCAAGUCUGCGGCCACCUCCAUGGUUAAGAAAAUGGAGGAGAUCAAGGAAGCCAUCUCGACGUCCUCGAAUUCCACGCCCGUAAAGGUGCUCACAGGUGACAGAUUGGCGACAGGGGAUGCCCAGGAAGAGUGCGACUCGAACGAUGGGAGCGAAGGUGGUGAACGUCACAGGAGGGUAUCCACCGAGACUGGAAGUUACAGGGGUAGCUGCACGAAUUUGAAGGAUUACGAUGAGCCAUUGCCUGAAAGUCUGUUUCCGACACCGAGGGAGGAGAAACACGAGACCGAGUUAGAUAUAACCCUAAUCACAUGCUCUCAGUGCCACAACUGCUCCUCCCUACUAUACGACGAAGACAUCAUGGCCAACUGGUCUGCCGAGGAUUCCAACCUGAACACCCUGUGCCAGUCAUGCAACAAACCGACUGUGCCUCUCCUAACUGUCUUGAUAGGCGGCAAGAGCAUCAAACUGUGCGAUCCUUUCAGCGUCCCAUACCUAAACCCGCUCGUCCUAAGAAAAGAACUGGAGAACAUUCUCGCUCAGGAAGGGGAUCUGUGCCUCUCGGAUGCCAAGUUUGUUGAUGACCAUCCCAUUAUCUACUGGAACUUGAUUUGGGCCUUCGAAAGAAUCAACACUCAGACUCACCUGCCUAAUUUGUACCUAAAGAAGAGGACGGAUACCGAAAACACCAUGAAUGGUAGCAAGAAGAGUGAAGAAAGCGAAACGAUGAGUUUAGCCGGUGACAACAAUUUAGGUUUGAUGAAACCAGUGGAAGAGGGAACGGAUCCGCUAACACAGGAGUUAGCAGCCUUAGAACAAAUGGCUGCUCAAGUCAGCCUGAGAUGUUUGUGGGAUGAUCCGCAUCUUCAUUCAGAAAGUGCCCCAAUGUAUGUUCUGUGGCAGCUUAGGGAUACAUCACAGAAAAUUGCUGGAAACAAAAAUGCCAUAACAAAAUCGUUUAUGCAACAAAUCAUAAACUACAUCCGCGUCAACGACCUGGUCGAACCAGUCAAAAUACUGUCUGAGGAACGGCAGUCUGCAAGCAACGCGUCCAAUUCCAUAUACCGGGACAUCUUGUUCCUUGCCUGUAAGGCCCUAGGGAGAGCCCAGAUAGACAUCAACACCUUCGACAAGGAAUACACGAACGCCUACUCCCGAGUCGCGGAGAGGCAGAACAAGCUCGGUCCUCAAGACAAGCCCAUCAACUUGAGUUCCCUCUACUGCAGACAGUAUUUCCGGCCAUUAAUAUUACCCUAAGUCUUGGUUUGUGAAAUUCUUCGGAUUAGUUAUGGACUUUCCACUGUUUUCCCCGACUUUGUUAUGAAUCGGUUGGUGCACUGCUUCGUUAUUUGUACAUUAAUUUAUGAUAGCAAUUUUCAUUUACUGUAUACAUUAUUAUUUACAUAUGUAUAUUGGUAGUGUAAAAUAAAUCUGUUAAUUCUUCA